UGUGCCGGGAUGGACCGAAGUGUGACAGAGUGAACACCAUCCCGUUUCCUCUCUCUCUGUGCGCACUCCCUGCAGCUUGGCACAAGGUUCCAAAGUGCGCAUCCCUCUCCUCGGUCGUACCAGCGAAUAUGUUGAGGAUUAUUCUUGCUUUUGCUCCAGUAUCUUUCCUCUCAUCACCUCUUUACCAUGCAAAACUCAGAAACUCCUAAAGCACUUUGGAUUUAGACGCGUGCGCUCCGCAGCAGCAGCAGCAGCAGCAGCAAGUGGGGCUGAGACCUGACCAUGACCACCUGUCUGAUCGGAUGCCCCGAUGAGAGAUCCAGUUGACAACCAGCGGGCUGCAAUGGCGUACAAUCCUUUCCAAGCUCGUCGACCCGGUGGUGCCUUGCCCCUGUCAGCCUUCCUGACCGCCGCCCAGCCCUCCUUUUUCACCGCGCUGGCUUUCCCCGACGUGUCCUCUCUGCCCGAGCCCGUCCCGGAGCAGGCUGCCUCUGACGCGGGGCUGCGCGCGGCUCUGCGCCGCCAGCAUCCGAGCCUCCACCCGCGGUCCACGACGAGCCUGCAGCCAGAGGCGGCGGCGGCGCCGGAUGAUGACCCGAGCGUCACUCUGGAUUCGAACUGUCUAUGGAAUGAAUUUCACAAAAUGGGAACUGAGAUGGUCAUUACGAAGUCAGGAAGGAGGAUGUUCCCGCCUUUCAAAGUGAGGGUGCAGGGGCUCGACGAAGCAGCCAAGUACAUCCUGCUGAUGGACAUCAUCGCCGUCGACGACUGCCGCUACAAGUUCCACAACUCCCACUGGACGGUGGCCGGGAAGGCCGACCCAGAGAUGCCAAAGCGCAUGUACAUCCACCCAGACAGCCCGUCCAAAGGGGAGCAGUGGAUGAGCAAGCCCGUCGCUUUCCAUAAACUCAAACUCACCAAUAAUAUUUCGGAUAAGCACGGAUUUACAAUUUUGAACUCCAUGCAUAAAUACCAGCUCAGGUUUCACAUCGUCAGGGCCAACGACAUAAUGAAGCUUCCCUACAGCACCUUCCGGACUUAUGCUUUCCCUGAGACAGAGUUCAUCGCUGUCACUGCCUAUCAGAAUGAAAAGAUUACGCAGCUGAAAAUCGACCAUAACCCCUUUGCCAAAGGGUUCCGAGCCACUGGGAAUGGGAAGCGAGAAAAGAGGAAUAAUCAGCUGAACGUGUCUUUGCUGCAUGAGAGCCAAAGCAAAGUGGACCGGGACAGUGCCGAUUCCGAGGACUCGUGUGAGCCGCCCUGUACCAGUGAGCCCUUCUGUUCCCCUCUGGAGCUGGUGAGCAGCCCCCUGAUGUCCACCCCAACCUGCUUCGACGAGAACAACACUGGAGGUGAUUCAGAUAUUGAGCUCCAACACGAGGACACUGCAGAAGCCAGCUGCUCCAGGGAUGAACAUACUCCUACUCUGAGUCUGAGAGGCGAGGAGCUACUGCGGAACAGGUCGGCUCUCAGCAAGAGUAACGACAAUCAGGACGCAACAAAAGAAAGAGCAGCGUUUGGAACCUCAGAUGAGAUGUACUGCGUGGAGAUGGAGUCUUCAAAAAAGCACCUGAGUGAUACCGAAGACGGGGUCGUGCCUGUGAGUCCGUCAUCAUCCCUCAGCGACGGUCCCCUUCAGACUUUGGAUUUUGCAGGUGCACACGGCCAACAGUUUCUUAAGCUCGGGGCACCCUUGUUGUUUCAUCCGGGACAGUUGUCAGGGAAACCAGAGAGUUUCCCCGCUGCGGGUAUGGGACAUCUAUUUUCCUCUUUGUCUGGACUAAAUGAACUAGAAAACGGAGGCCUGCCUCCUCAGAGCAUCUCCUCUCCAUCUCCCUUCAUGUACCACCUGUCACAGCACAUGCUGGCAUCUCAGGGACUCUCACUGUCACCGUUUGGAGGAUUGCUGUCGUACCCGUACCACUACAUGGCCGCCCCGGCAGUGAUCAACCCGGCUCUGCACACUUCUACCAGAAACCACUGUUUCCGCAGCUCCCGGUCGCCUUGGUUGCGUUUCAGCCCCUAUCCAAUCCCGACCUCUGCCACUUCGAGCCAAAGCCUGUUUGCGGACAGAUCAUCUGGAGGCUCGAACUCAUUGUCGGAGCUGUCCAAGUCAAACAGCAGACAGUCAGGUCAACUGUGCAACAAUCACAGCCACAAAACCACGGCUAAGCAGAGGACUCCUGCACAUAAAACCACUGUUAAGGGUUCAAUGGAUGAACUGCAGAACGUAUAUAAUCUGGUUAUUGAUAAACCACAUACUCCCUAAAAAAGUAUUUUAUCACUUGUUUUUCAUUUUACACGUGAUGGACUUUAAUGAAGAUUUCACUGACAAAAACACAGAGAAUAGUUUAUGAAGUUGCACAUAAUAAUGACCUGUAUGUGUUGCUGCUUUAUAACAUCUUAUUAUAUAAUAGAUUAAACUUACUUGAAGUUCAAUGAAAGCUACAAUGAAAACCACGAUUUUGACCUUGUUAACACAUCCACAUGUUUUUUUUUAAUAGAUAAUAACACAUUUUAUGAGCAAAAUGAGCAUUCAACACCAUGCCUGAGUUUUUCCACCUUGACAGCCUCAGAAGAAGGAUUUGGACAGCCAGGGUUUCAUGCGUCUUCUUGAUCUUCGGAGUUGGUUUUUUACAAUAUACAUGAAUUACUCCUAUAGCUGUAGCAAUCAUGUCGCGUACAGUAGGCGAAUGGCUGAAGGGUGGAUAGAGAUAGAGGUGGGUCAGUUUUCAUGAUAAUAUAAAUGUGAAAGAGAGGACACAGCUUUCCCUUGCUUUUGAACAAUGCUUAUUUUUAACCUAGAUGUCACUUGCUCAAGCAAAUUUCAGACAUAGCCACGCCCCUCUGCCAGAUUACCCCUUGCUGGAAAUCCCGCCCCUGCACACACCUGUUCCCAUCCACCUAACCACCUGUGACCUCUGUAUACAUACUGCAUCUCCGUGUUUCCACUCACCAGUUGUCCGAUUGUCUUCGUGCUCAUUGCCAAGCUCCCAAGUCUUCCUGCUCCUGACUGUUUGCCGCCCUUUUGGCACUGUUGCCUGAUUUGUUUGCCUUAUUUUAACAGUAAAGACUUUGUCUGCCAUCAUUGACUCUGUUGUGCUUUAGAGCCUCGAAUUUUUGGAGUUACAUGAUAAAUUGACCCCACCUAGAUCAAUCAGUUAUGGGAAGUUAAAGAAUCUGUUAAAAAAUGAAAGAUGCAUAUCGGAAAUAAUUUUGGCAUCCUAAACUAUAAAAGAACAAUAAUGUGCUUCAAGGAAUUAUUCAAAUUGUUUUCUUCUAUAUACGAUUGUCAGAUUCUGUUUGAAACACGACUGAUCCAAGCCUUUUGAGACUGAACAAUGAACAUGAUCACAGUUCAACCUGCCAAUUUCAACGCAGGUUUUUUUUUUUACGAGCACUUACAGAAAAAUGUCUACAAUAAAGGUCAUCUUGCAGGUUGUCUGACAAGUUAUCUGGCUAAAGCGCGUGUGUGCGUGUGUGUGUGUGUGUUUCAAAAUUUUAGAAGACACUGUUCACAUGUAAUGUAAUUGUCUUCACACACGUACGUGUAUAGUGUUGUUGAAGUUAAAAUGUGGGUGUCUGUUGUCAGAAAUCUUUCUUUCUGCUGCCUCAUGACCACAAACAUAAUAAUAUUGUUGCAUAAUUUGGCUCCCAAAACACUUUUGAUUUAUUCUCCACACAAGCGAACUCAACCAACAUUGCAUUGUCAUGGAUGCACCUGAAAAGAGAAGAAGUACAUGCACUGUACAAGUGGACUGUGUUCAAAACUGUUCUGAGACUCCGGAUUGUCAUCACCUGCUAUAAGAGUAAAAUAAAGGUAAAUCCUUAAUAACA